AUGCCUGACAACGUAGACAAGGUCCAAGAAGAGGUUAUUGGCAGAGUUUCCAUCAAAGUUCCACCAUUUUGGAAGCGGAGCCCUGACCUGUGGCUCCUCCAGCUUGAAGCCCAGUUCCACACCAGUGCAAUCACAUCUGAUGUCACAAAGUAUUUCAAUCUUUUUGGAAACCUUGAAGCAGAUGUCCUCACCGAAGUUCGAGAUGUAGUCACCAGCCCUCCUGCUACAGAAAAAUACAAUGGUCUGAAGACUCGACUUCUAGCAGCGUUUCAAGAAUCUGAGCAGAAAAGACUCCAGACCCUUCUCAGUGGCAUUACUCUCGAUGGAAGACGACCAACUCAGCUGCUUUCUAAGAUGAGAGAGCUUGCGUCAUCCACUAUUUCUGAAGACAUCCUCAGAACCUUAUGGAUGAAGCAGCUCCCUAACACCACCCAGUCCAUCCUGUCGUGUAGUGCCAACCAAGAACUCAAGACUUUGGCAGAAAUCGCAGAUAAAAUUUCUGACGUUUAUUCCAAUUCAGAUGUUGCUUCUGUCUCAAAGCCUUCCAGCAUUUCUGAAAUUUCUGAGUUAAAAAAUCAGAUUGCUUCUCUUCAAAAGGAUAUUGAGCAACUUAAAGUAUCCAGAAGCCGAAGCUCUUCACGUUCCAAAAAUUUUAUCCGGAAUAAAUCGAAGUCAAGAAAUCAAAAAAUGUGCUACUACCACCGUCGAUUUGGCAAACAAGCAAGAAAGUGCCAAGAACCUUGCCAGUUUCAGACGGGAAACUAA